AAUAAUUUUAUGGGUGAAUGACUAUCCGGUUGUCAUAGCAAUCAAGCACGCUAAACAUUGAAGUGCAUUUUCUAGCUCCUCAUGCUGAUCASAGUAUUACAUGUAGCUCGAAUAUUGCACUAAUUCUUGAUAAAAAGCCGAGUYCCCUAAGUAUAAGGACAGUUAUUGUUAAAAGAGGUAAUAUGGUACUUCACAAAGAAUGAUAACUGAGCCAGCUGACUUCGUAUAAACACUUCACUUUGGAAACAUGCCGCGACGUCCUAAAGUUACGCCAAGUGCUCAUUCAACCACGCUCGAMUCGACGUUCAGUUUUAAAGGACAAGUACAAUUUGAUGCAACUCAGAGUCUUUUACGAUCUAGAAGUGACUGUUUCUUAGAAUCCAAGAGAAAACUAGACAGAGAGCGUAUACAGAAAGUCCGUGAUGAUUCUAGCGCGUGGGAUAUCCCGCCACCUGACUUUCGACUGCAAUUAUAUCAAUCAAAACAAUCAAAACCAAAGACUAGAAAUGCCAGGGAGUCAAUGAUUCCAAAUUAUGAUGCAGACGAAUGGAGAAUACGACGAGCAGCAAAACAAAAAGAUCCGAUCAAGUUUGAAAGAAUUCCUCUUCCCAAAAUUCUACAAGAGCCAAAGUCAGAGUUGAAACCAUUUGUGACCAGCUUUGACGUUCCAGACUCGCACGCCGCAAACCUCACGUUUGUCAAGGAUGGAAAAUUUCACCCUGGACCAUAUAGCAAUCCAGAACCACAUACGUUUAGACCUGAUGCUUUUAGAACCCUCAUCAAGAAGUAUGGAGUGCCAGACUUCAAGACAUCUUAUACCCAUGACCCCCAAGGACUGAUUGCCAAAUCAAAUGGUCUUAGGGUACUUUGUGAAUCUUACAAAGACCUUGAGUCCAUCAGGACUGAUGGGUAUAGCAAGCAAAUGAUUACAUACAGGCCACCAGAAAAAGACUGGGAUGUGAGGCUGAUAUUACCCACAGGAGCCUACAGGAAAGGACGAUCACCUCAUAGUGCUUUAAUGAAAAGAAUUGAAAAGCAAUUGCCAUGGUGUUCACAAAGAGAUAAACUUGAACCCUUAUUCAGGCCAGAUAUACAUGAUAAUAAGACUGUAGACUGGAUAGUUGUGACUGGUCAUGCUCAAGAUGAGAGUACUCGAAUCUAAUCCUUAAAUUCCAUCUURCUGAUACA